AGUUGCACCAGGGGAGGUUUGCGUUGGGUAUUAGGAAGAAAACAAUUUCAGAAAGAGUGGACGGAUGUUGAUUGGAACAGACUGUCCGGUGAAGUGGUGGGAUCACCAUCCCUUGGAGGUGCUCAGGAAACAUGUAGUUGCGGCACUGAAGGACACGGUUUAGGGGGCAUAGUGUUGAUGGGUUGACUAUUGGACUUGAGGUCUUUUCCAACCUUAAUGAUUCUAUGAUUCCUCUAUACUGAUAAAUACUCUUUUUUUUUUUUUUUUUUUGCAUUAAUUUAGCGGCAGUUAAUCAAUACUAGACUGCAUCAUUGUUUACCUCGUUAUAUCUGACAUGUGGAUAGUCACUUCCAAAAAGAUGAAUUUCUGAAAGAAUUCCUUUUGGCCAAGUCUAAUGUAUUCCUACUCAACUGUUUUAACUGGAACAGCUUGUUACUUUUCACCUGUAUUUCACUUAGUGUUAGGUUGUUUUGCAUUUAGUGGUAUUACAGAAUUGUAGAAUGUCUUGGGUUUGAAGAGACUUUAAAAUGAUGUAUUUCCAAGCCCCUUGCAUGAUGGGGUUUGUGGGAUUCUCCUGAAAAGGUAUGCUGAAGGGAACGACAUAAUUAGGUGAAGACCAGUCAAAGGUCUGAUAGCAGUUUUUUGCAUAAUCAUCUUGUUUGCUGUCUUGGUGCAUAGCCUAUGGCAGUUGUGUUGCUGAGAGAACCGAUAAACCCGACUGCCCCUCUUGAUCAUGAUCUGAACUGAUGUCAAGAGCCUGACCCAGCAACUUCUGGCUGAAUGUAGUGCCACACUGUUGUCAUGUUGUUUCACGUCAAGCCGGUGCUGCACCAAGCCAAAACCGUAUGACAGCACUCACAGAUGUGGUUCCAUGGCUCUAGGCGUAAAAGAAGUGUAACCAACUCUUGCAGGAACCAGGGGAGGCCUUGCUCUUUCAUGAAGCGGGCUACACAUAGCUUAUAAGACUAACCUCACACUGCAGAAGCAGCAUGCACUGUAGCAAUUAAGUAACAGUAUCAGCAGAGACCAAAUGCCAGCAGAGUAGGGACCACUAUUGAGUAGGAUCUCCUCUCAUCUGAACUGAGACCUUCACACUACAUGCACCAAUGUCUGAACUGACCAUCAAACAUCAGGUCAUACUACUCUCCCUAGCAAUAUUUAGAAAUCUCCCUUCUUGCCAGGGGAUAUUGGUUAUGGCCCUCUCUCAAGGAAUUCAGUCAAAUACCAUGCCUUGACAGACUCCUUUACCUGGCAAUUCAUGGAGUGUGGCAUAUACUUUCAGAGUUUCCGUGAGUUAUCUAAUGGUUUGGUGGGGAGCUAGGAGUGCACAUCACAUUCAGCAUGCGCCCUUGCCCUUUAGCAAGUUGUAUGCUUUGCUAAGACCAUUUGUUUGUUAGUAUAUGUUUGGAAUUGUUACCUGUUGAGCAUUUGCUAACUGAGAUUGUAAUUGCUUACGGACAUUGUAUUAAAUAAAUGUACAGUUAACCACCUGACUUGUGGUCACUGAAGUGUGUUAAUUGAAUUCUGUGCAACCCCGCUGUUUGUAAGGCGGGGAACAGUGCGCAAUAGAAAAUCUGCAAGACACUGCUGAAUAUGGUGGAUGACAGGUCUGCAAACAACUUUUGCCUGUAUUAUUAUCUUUGAGGAUGAAGGAAUGAAACUACGACAGCUGAAACUAGAGAAUCAAAGAGCUCUUCUAGAAAAAAAGCAGAAGAAGAAACGUCUUGAUCCCCUGAUGGUGCAGCCAAAUCCUGAGGCAAAGCUGCACAGGUCAAAGCCCAAAGGAUGUGAGGAACAGACUCCUUUAGUAGAAACUCCUACCACUUUCCACAAUAAUGUUGUGUUACACGGCAUUGAUGGACCAGUUUCUUUCUUGAAAUCAGAAGUGCAAGAUUUAGGAACCAAACUCCAAACUUUCUCUGUUGGAUCUUCCAUAACAGCAGAAAAUGCAGAUGAGGAAAACAAUGGACACGCUCUAACAGAAAAGUUAGGCAAUGCAGAUCUGCAAGAAAUCUUACAGAAACGAGGAAUUUCAGGCAGUUUGAAUUUUGAUGAGGAGGACACAGAAGAAGAGGAAGAAGUAAGUAAGAGACCAGCAUCUCAGUCACCACAUCCUGAAUCUGAGAGGCUUCAUUCUGCAACCGUCGAGAAAUCCUUUGCAGAAAUAGGUGCUUCCUGUAGUCCAUCCCCUCAGGCGGUUGCACAUCUGGGAGAAGUAGAGAACUUGGAGGAAUUUGCAUUGUGCCCUGCGCCCCGUGGUAUUACAGUCAAGUGUCGAGUCACUAGAGAUAAGAAGGGAAUGGACCGAGGCCUCUUCCCUACUUAUUACAUGCAUCUGGAAAAGGAUAACAACAGAAAGAUGUUUCUUCUUGCAGGUAGAAAACGAAAAAAGAGCAAAACGUCCAAUUAUGUCAUAUCAGUUGACCCAACUGAUUUGUCCCGGGAAGGGGAGAGUUUCAUUGGAAAACUCAGGUCAAACCUCAUGGGAACUAAAUUUACAGUCUAUGACCAUGGAGUAAGCCCAAUAAAGGCACAGGGUCAAGUGGAAAAGGCUCAUACACGACAAGAACUCGCAGCUAUUUAUUAUGAAACCAAUGUAUUAGGAUUCAAAGGUCCCAGAAAAAUGUCUGUGAUCAUUCCAGGAAUGAAUAUGAAUCAUAAGCGAAUUCCAGUCCAGCCACGAAAUGAAAAUGAGAGUCUUCUGUCAAAAUGGCAAACUAAAGAUUUAGAGAACCUCAUUGAGUUGCACAACAAGGCUCCAGUCUGGAAUGAUGAUUCUCAGUCCUAUGUUUUGAAUUUCCAUGGGAGAGUCACUCAGGCCUCAGUGAAGAACUUCCAGAUUGUCCACGACAAUGACCCUGACUACAUUGUGAUGCAGUUCGGUCGUGUAGCAGAAGACGUUUUCACUCUGGACUAUAACUAUCCUCUCUGUGCUCUUCAGGCUUUUGCUAUUGGACUCUCCAGCUUUGAUAGUAAAUUGGCCUGUGAAUGAGAAACAGCAGACUUGAGACAUAGAACUCACUCCCGCCUCUGUAUCUUGUUAGAAUUCCAGGUGAAGUAAUGAAAAGCACAUUGGGGGUGGAAGAAUACUGGAAGACAAACUUUUGUGAGCUUAUUGGAAAGUAAACAGCAAUCCUGAGAGCAUUUUGGUAUUUAACUGUUGACCAUCUUAGGAGACUAUCUCAAGACUGAGUGGUCUCUGUACACUUUGUGGAAGAACAAGGAACACAGAUGAUGUUUUUGUUGUCAGAAUUGAUUUUGCUUUCAGAAUUUUUGCAUCAGCUGCUGCUUGAGGAGGCAAAGGAAUUUGUUUCACUAGCUGAAACCCAUUGCAGCUAGAAUUAGAAAAAUAAUGGUUUAGUGUUCACAUACCUUGAAUCUUCAGCAAUGCCCAUGGAGAUGAUGCUACUGAUAUUACUUUGAGUUUCUGGUGAGAUUAAUUAAGAAAAAAGGAGAGUAGUUAUGGCAUAUAUUCUGUCUUGCCCUGUGCAGCAUUUUGCAGCCUGUUAACAACAGUGAAAGGGAAAAGGAUUCAGGUUAAGCCUACACGCAACUGUAGGUAGUGGUCAACAAACACAGAAGUGGACUGAGAUGCUGGCUCUAAUGAAAGAUGUUUCUCUUACUUUGCAGAAUGAAUCUCUGUUAAACCUGAUAGUCCAUUUCCCUUUCAUUAUCCUAAUUGCUCCAUGUCCCUUGAUAUACUUUUUAGCAAAUGAAGAAUCACUCCUUUUUAAUUUGGAAAAAUUAUAUCCAUUGGUGUAUCUCUUAUUUUGAACUGUGUGAAAUAUAAGAUUGAACAGACGAUGGAACAUGACUUUGACUGAAAGUAGUAUUGUACUGCUCCUGAAAAGCACUGUUUGGACUGAACAUCUGAAUCUAGACCUUAUGGUGAUCAGAAAUACUUUUUAACUUGUCCUUUAUUUGUAAAAUUUUCUACAUUUUUAGGAACGAGCGAGAUGUAACUCAUUUCAAUUUUUGUUGUUCAAUGUGAGAUUAUCUCAAGUUAGGACACAGUUGUAGGUUUCAUGUAAAUAAUUUGAAUCUGCCUGUAAGAGUAAGAUACCUCAAGAGGAGAUUACUGAUGUUUUCAAAGGCAUCAGUUGAGUUUAAAAAAAAAAAAAAAAAGUAUCACGGGGCUGUAUAAUGUUUCUUUCCCAUGUUCCCAUUUAAAUGCUAGAUUGUACAAUUUGGAGACUGUAGGUUACAACAUUGAUUCAUACGGCUUUGAUUUAUCAGUGAAUCACUACACACUGACAUGCGAGCCUCAGUGCACACAUCUGCUGUGCACUAAAGCAGAACAGCUAAUAACUUGCCACUGCCAUGGCUACUAUGCAUAUCCAUGAUGAGUCUGGAAAACUGUAUCUUCCAUUAAGACAAGAAAUAGCUUUCUUCAGUUUUACAUGUUACUAUUAUCAGCAGACGCGCUCUAUUUCAUGCUCCUAAGAAGCAGGCUUACUGUUUUUGGUCUCCAGAGUCUUUGCAGGUAGUUAUCACUUGCUCUUUCAAAAUAGAAACAGAAAAUGACUUAACAGGGUUUAAUUGCCCAGGAAAAAAACAAACAAACAAACAAAAAAACAACAAAUAACAGUAAUCAUUUGUAAACUUUGUAUUUAGUUGUAAAUUAUAAACUGUUGCUGGGAGGACCAACUCUACAAAAUGCUGGAAGCCCAAUCUUAAAAACCCAUUCUGUGUUAGCUGGAGAGCCAUUGUAUUCAGAGAGAUCUCAUCAGCACAUCAGUCAGUGAAGAGAACUGAUACCAUGAAUACCCUUCGUGCCUUCAUGUACUUCCUGCUCAUCAGGCCAGGGACAAGAUCUGGCAGUGUUCUCAAGUUAUGUGCGGCUGAGUUCUUUGACUGGUGGUUCUGCCUUACUUUUACUCAUCCAGAAAUACUAAGAAGUCUGAUAGUAAUCUGAUUAUUUUUUUUCCGAUUAGGACAAUAUGAAAGAAAUUGCACUGUGUUAGUUUGAUGUGACUUGAAGGUGUUGAAGGUUGAAUGCUGAUUUGCAAUUCAAGAUGAUUUUACUCUAUUCUCAAAAAGUCAUGGUAGCAUUGCUUGACAAUUACGCUAAUUAGCAGUGGAUCUUCAAGUUGAUGUCAGAUCAUCUUCACUGGGCCAAAGUCUCAGAGUCUUGGUCAACUUCUGUGGACAGAUUAACUGCAUAAGUGCUUUUUUAUCAGAUACUGUUUUACAUCAAUUGUAUUUAUAAUUUUUAUAUCUCAAUGCAAAUAAAUAAUUUAUAUAUUGGAAAACUCAA